UUGUACUAUUGUAUCAUUCAAUUAAAUCCUCCAACUAUAAAAAAAAAGUCAAUUUGAUAUUUCAACCGGAAACAACCAGUAAAGGGGUUAACAUACCCAUGUGGCCGAUCCACGUGCCAGAUUUUAGUAUUUUACUACGUGUAGUACAUUUUUUUUCUUUCUUUCAACCUUCUCUUCCGUUGGCUCUAGCUAGCUGUACGUCUUCUUCCGCCAAAGCCCCAAGCCUGCAACAUCUUUUCUUUUUCUUCAAUCCACCCUAUCCAAUCAAGAGAAGCUUGCCAUUCCUCAUAUUAGGAAUUUCAGUGAGUACAGAAGAGGACAUUGGGUGGGUGGGUUUGCAGAGGGAAAGAGGGGUCAUGUGUCCAGUUGGUUUCUUGGCUGAAGAAGAAAGAUGGAGGUAGUAUUUAAUUACUAAUUUACUAUGUAUGUGUAAACCAACUGGACAAACUCGAUGGAAAACUUCAACAACCUUCGGUGGGAGAAGGUUCGAGAUCUCUGGCGAUUUCGCAGCAUCCAUACCUAGGUUUUCCGGUGACAUCGCAGAAGCCCCUGCCUCCACGCCGUCCUUUACAGCCCUCGCCCUCUUCUGCACUCACUGAAUUGAAGUUCUGAAUGGCUAGCUUCUCUGGAUUGGAUGGCUUGGAAUGAAGAAAAAGAAACAAUGUUGCUGAUUGGGGCUUGGGCGGAAGGGGGCCAGAGCCUGACGGCAGAGAACGGGAAAGAAAAGAAGAAAGUAAAAUAAAUGAAAAAUGUAAAAUAUGCCCACGUGGAUCGGCCUAACCUCUUUACCGGUUGAAAUGCCAAAUUGAAUGUUUUUUGAUAGUUGGGGGAUUUAAUUGAGUGAUUUAAUAGUAGGAGGACUCAAUUGACUUUUUUGAUAUAGUACGGGGACCUAUUUGACAGUUUUCCCAAGUUGAAAUAGAUCAAACUUUUGAAAAAACGAUUCUCCUCUAACAAGAAUCACUCCAAACAACCUUAUCUAUAACUUAUACGGAGUUAAGUUAUAAACAUGCCCCGACCGAGGUAAGAGACGGGUGACAUAUGCAAAAUGCGCCCACACCACACAUUUCCAGAUUCUUUGAAAGAAUGAAUGGUUCUCAGCUUGCCACCUCACUAGCAUUUGUUUCCUUUCCUUUUCUCUGUUUCCAUUAUUUUCCAUCGGUAAAUCACAGUAAAUAUUUUCAAUUCAUUCGAUCAAACAUAUCACAAUUCUUUGCCUUGAUUGGGCUUUGAUUCGUCGGAGUUAGAGUUAGGAGGUAUAGAAGAGAAGAUGGCUCAGUUGCUUUCCCCAGUUCGUGCCGAUUCCAUCAAACUCCAGAGUCAUGUACACAACUCACUAACUGGGAGCAAGCGGCCUACUUUGGAUAGUACUAAAAGUAGAAGUGUGAGGUCUCAUGGCGGAUCGAGGUGGAGAGGCUUUGGCAGCAUCAGAGUUGCUUACCAAGACUCUGCAGCAGCUGACGAUCUCGCUGAUGAUUACUACGCUGUUUUAGGCCUGCUUCCAGAUGCUACAACUGAAGAAAUAAAGAAAGCAUAUUAUAAUUGCAUGAAAGCUUGCCAUCCAGACUUGACGGGUGAUGAUGCUGAUACCACAAACUUCUGCAUGUUUGUCAAUGAAGUUUAUGAGGUUCUAAGUGAUCCUGCACAAAGGCUAGUGUAUGAUGAGAUUCAUGGUUAUGCUGUGACAGCUAUUAAUCCUUUCUUGGAUGAAUCUUCCUCAAAAGAUCAUGUUUUCGUUGAUGAAUUUAGCUGCAUAGGUUGCAAAAACUGUGCCAAUGUGUGUUCAACGGUGUUUGGUAUUGAGGAAGACUUUGGAAGAGCUAGAGUUUAUAAUCAAUCUGGAAGUCGGGAACAAAUUCAACAAGCUAUCGAUAGUUGCCCAGUUGAUUGUAUCCACUGGACUUCAGCUGCGCAACUAUCUUUGCUUGAAGAUGAAAUGCGAAGAGUGGAAAGAGUAAACGUAGCCUUGAUGCUUUCGGGAAUGGGCUCGGCAUCAAUUGAUGUUUUCAGAAUGGCAAGCACUCGAUGGGAAAAGAGACAACUAAAAGUCUUGGAAAAAGCUAAAUAUAGGAUGGUGAGGCAGAAAGAAUAUGAUAAAACAGAUCCAUACUGGAGCUACAUUUGGGGAAAGCCCCUGACCAAUGAAAACACAGAGGAAGCAGACAAACGAGUGAAUCGAGCUGCUGCUGCUGCCCGAAGAUGGAGAGAGUAUUCUCGGAGAGGCGGUGUUGACAAACCUCCCACCUUUAAUCUUCCAGAGGUGUCUUCCAAGGAUAGCUGAAGUAUAUAUUGCCCAACUCACUCCCCUGUUAUAUACAUAUAUGUACAAUGUACUGGUAGUAGUUCAUGUGUGUAUAUAACAUUAACAAGUUUUUAUGACUUUCAUGGUGCAUAUAUCCUUUAUACACCAUGCGCUGUUCAAAAUGUUAGCUUAGGUUAUUAUAAAUAAUAAAGAAGCUUAGUAAAUUGAGUUGCAUGUUGGUAUUCUGUCACCUCAUUUCAUUGGUUAUUACUUGAAGAACUAUGCCGGCUUAUUCAUUUGAUCAUUUCCUUUUCAAAUAAGCCGUGUUUGAUUCACA